GAACGACAAAACUUCAGAAAAUUUCAAGUGACGCCGCGAUUGUUCUGUUUUGCACAAAGUUGUAACUCCCCGGUUUUUCGCCUCAGAUUUGUCGAAUUACAAACAAAAAAAAGUUGAAACUUAAAGAUAAAUUUAGUGACUUCAAGAAUAAAUAGAAUUCCGGUGUUUUCCCGUGAAUGCAAGCACAGAAAGUAGUUUUUAAAUAAGCCGCAUUUCAGUGGUGAAAAAGAAAUCAAUAUGGCGCCGAUGCCGGAGGAUGAAAUUACUCUUCGACUAGAGUACUGGCCGGACGAGCUAAGUCCCGCCCAGAAGGCGGCUUAUGAAAAAGCCGAAAAAGAGCACAAUGACAUUCGUAACAAGCUAAAAGAUUUGGUAAAGGAAGCUGGUGGCAGAAAUAUUUUCUCCGGUGAAGUGUUUACUGCCUAUCAGGUUUUGGGGCCGGUACCAGGAUUGGAGCAGAUAUCUAAACCGAUCACGUCAUUGGCCAAGAAGAAACCACCGCCACCGGCUACCCCAUCUGGAUCAAAACGUAGCGCUUCGCCACCAGUGGAUAUAGGCAAAAGAAAGAGCCGGAGAUCGGAAUACAGAACGGAUGAUGACGCGGAUAAUGCAGCUGAUUUUGCUCCCGACGAUGAUGACGAAGAAUACAUACCGCUUUCGAAACGACUGGAAAUGAAACGUAAGGCAGCCAAGGAGGCAGCUGCUAAGGAAACCGUGAAGAAAAAGGACGAUAAAAAGGUCAUUGAAAAGAAGGUUGACGUUAAGACACCUAAGAAGCCGGAAAAACCUCAAAGUAUUAUGGCCAGCAAUGUACGACCAACGGAGGCAACCUCGAUCGGAGGACUGCUUGUUGGUGGGGAUAAGGAAAGGAAGAAAAUUACAGCAGAACCCACUGCUAUUGUAGAUCUGACGAAAGAUGAUGCGGGUAAGCCAUUGGCUGAUUCCAGGGAGAUUUCGUUUAGUAAAAUUCAAGGCAAGACAUUCCCAUCGCUGGUGGUCAUUGCAAGACCUUCACUACGUGCAACCGAAAAAGUUCCCGCCGAUCGCCCGCAGCUGGACGCAAAAGUCAAAAACGUCCUCAUGCACACCGCAACCAAGUUCACCGAAUGGCUUAUUCAGCAAGGUUUGGUUAAGUCGGAACAGUUUUGCCUGGUACACAGGGGAACGGCACUCAAACUGGGAAUGUAUUCGGAUGCCUCUAAAUUCCCGUACUCGGGAGGAUACGUUUGGAUUAGCGAAUGUUGUCCGACUAGAUUUAUUUCCGUUUUCAACGGAUCAGUGUUUGAGGGUUCACCUCAUCCACCAUCUGUAAUCCUGAAGUUGAUUUAUCACUGGAGCUGUCAGACCAAUGUUUCUAACGUUGUUAACUGGGUCAAAGUUGAUAACCUAUAUGUGAAAGGAUUAUACACUUGGCUUCGGUCUGUGUGCUCUGUGGCGCUUAGUCAACACAUGAAAUUGCUGGGUGGAAUCGGCAAAAAGAUUGAAGUCGGCGUGAUUUCGCUUGGAACAACCACUCAGGACGGCCAACAGCGACAAGUUAAGGUCGAGGUAUUAGGAGUACUCGAUCCGGAGGCCAAACUGGUACGACUUCGCGCAGUAGAACCAUUGAGCGAUGGUGAACGAAAUUACAAGAAACGAUUUUCUAAGAUCUUGGAACCGCUCAGUGGAUGGGUUCACAAGGAUAGUGUUAUUCUGACGGAUCUUACCGUUGACAAGGGCACUCUAAAUAACAUGGGAUAUAAAAUUGUGCAGCAAGUUUCACCGGCCGAGGCAAAUAACAAAAACAGCAAUGCUAACAUCAUGGACUAUCUGCGCCGGAUUGUACCGCGCAUGUUCCAGAAUACGCUGUCGCUGCUAUCGCGACAAAUAAUUCAACAGUUCUUGAAUGAGCUUGUGUGGCGCGAAUCGUUCGGAGUUUCACCCGGUCAAGCAUUCGAUCAAAUUGUGAUGCACAUUGCCGAACAGACUAAAAUUGAAACGAAGGACAAUCUGGUGACGCGAUUGAAUAAGGCUGCUGCUGAUCCAUUCAAACAUUGGACGUAUCCAAUCGAGUCAUUCAGCUCACCGAAACCAAUGGGAGCUAAACGAGGACGGAAACCAAAAGAGCUAUCUCCCCCACCGGCUGCUCCGGAAGCCCCGAAAAAGAUCAUAUUGAAAAAACUUAAACGCGAAGAAGAGAAAUCGGCAGCGCUGGCCAGUACAUCGGUGAAAAAGGUCCGUCCGCCACCGGAGGAGAAGGAGGAACUGGUUCCACUGGAGACCUACUACUACGGACAGCUUGAACCGUCCGAUGAUGACGUGAAGGAAGGAGCCGAACCGGCUGAUUUUAACGUCACCUGCCCGGAGUGUCCGACCACCUUCCGGAACAAUGUGGACUUCCAGGAUCAUCUGUUCCGGCACGCCAAUCCCGUUCAGGACGGUCAAGUACAAUGCCGCUAUUGUUUGGAGAAUUGGGGAACCGAGGAUGCACUCAAAAAGCAUACGAUCCUGAUUCAUUCUUUGGAGACGAAAAAUUCAGUCGCUUCCACAUUCAACUGUUUGAUUUGCGAGCAACGCUUUGGAACCACCCAAAUGCUGGCCUCUCAUUUGCAGAAGAUGCAUCUGCAGAUGGAGCUACCGUACAAGUGUGCCGGUUGCGACUACAAGAGUUCCUCCCAUCAUCUAACAAUCGACCAUUUCUAUGAGAAGCACAACCGUUCCGGGCUCAUUCAAUGUCCGUUCUGUCUUAAAAUGGUACUGGUCUGCAACGCUGACGGACCGAUCGCCGAGAACGUGAGCGACUUUAUGAAGCACCUGAAGGCACACUUCAACAAGGCACUGGCGAAAAAGUGCCCCAAGUGUGCCCUCAACUUCAUCACCCGGGGAGCACUGAAGGUGCACGGUUUGUUUGCUCACGUGAUUACGAAAUCGUUCGGUAGCAUCAAGCCUAUCACUAAAUCGUUGACCAAUAUCGCUAAGCCAAAGCACAAGGCGGUGGUUCAGAAGGAACUGACUACUUUCAAAACGCUCGAAUCGUACGCUAGUUUGACGCUGAACAUGGCCUGUGGCAAAAUUUGCCUCGAGUGCGAUGGGGAUUUCGACGAGGAUAACCACAUUAUGGGAAUACUGAAGUGCUUGAAGUGCACCUAUAAAACAGCUUGCCUCCCCUCGAUGGUGGGCCACACAUCAUCGUGUAAUCCGAAUGCUGCUUCCGAUUAUGCAGUGUUCCAGUUGGACGCGGAAAUGCAUUGCAUUUGUGGUUUUUCAUCUUCCGAUGGAAACGCCCUGGCUCGUCAUUUGGUCACCUGUGACCGUAAGAGUGUCUAUCUGACGGUCGAGGCAUGUCAGGAGAAUACGGUGAAACGUAAUAUGCUCGACAUGCUUGGUUUGGUUCGCCGUGACGAUGAAGGCGGCGAAGAAGUUCUCGAGCAAGGUUCGGCUGCUGUCGAAGAUAAUGAGGGGGAGGCGCCAGCUGCUGAGCAGCAAGCCGGAUUUUCCGGUGGCAAUACUUCGGUUGCAUAUGAUCCGUCGCAGUCACUUUACAACAUUGCUGGAACGGGAAAUGAACAAUUUAACACACAACUGUCACUGGAUGAUUUGGGGCCGCCCUCGGUGUUGGCUCAGCAGCAGCAAGACACCGACAGAACUCCACAGUUGAAAGAUGAUUAUCAGUCGCUGGCUACGCCUCGGGUAUCGCAAAUGGACACCGAUCAGGGGGAGUAUGAUCAACAGGAAGGUGGAUACUAGGCACACAAAGGCCACCCCAUUUUAAUCGUAGAAAGGUAAGAGUUUACUAAACAUAAUAUUCUGAACUCAUAAAUAUACUUCACACUUACAUAAAACAGUGAAAAUAAUAUUACAAAAUAAUUUGUAAUUAAGUGUCAAAGCGAAUCGAAAAUAUCCAGAUAUAUUAUGCCUAAACAUAUUUUAUUUUUACAAUUCAUAUUCUUCAGAUGCUUUAUGUUCGUAUUGGAUUGAUCUUAUGCUUCAAUAAAUUCCAUACUUGUGCAUUAAAGUGA